AUGGCUAGCACUGGUAGCUCCGCCACUCCUGGAAGCGUAUUUGCACCACCAAUUGGGAGAUUUGAUGAGUUAAAAUCACAAGAAGAUAAUGGCGCAAGUUUCCGGGUGUAUGCUACCGCUAUGUCGAACAAGAUGAACAAUCACUUGGAAUUUCUGGAACAAGGAAUUUCAAGGGUGAUGAAAAAUAAAAAAGAAAAGGAAGAAACUACUAAGAAAAAAAAGCAACAGGUUGUAAGGGAUGGCUGUGGUGAAUGGCCAGUUAUGAUUGUUGAAUCUAACAGUGAUGAAGUUCAGAGCAAAUACAAUGAAGGAAGUAAAGCUGAAAAGAAAAGGGAGGAUACUAAACAAAAAAUUGAAGAUCUGAAAGAUGGUGCAGAGGAAAAGGAUGAGCCAACAGAAAAAAAAAAGGAAAAUAUUAAAGAAAAAUUUGUUAGAGGUGCUUUAGAAUAG